AUGUACCAUGGACUGCCAAAGGCUGAUCUUUUCCAGUUCUUCACUAAUGGCACAGGGUCACCUCUCUUCACUCUGACUGGUCUCCCAGGGCUUGAAGACUAACACUGGAUGUUUCUUCUGUUUGGAGUCCUCUACACUGUCUCUGUUGUGGAAAAUAGCCUAAUUCUCUUCAUUGUCAAAGAGGAGCAAAGUCUGCACCAAUCCAUGUACUAUUUCUUAUCCAUGCUUUCAGUCAAUGACCUUGGUGUGUCCUUGUCCACACUGCCCUCAGUGUUAGCUACUUUGUGUUUCCAUACCAAGAAGAUAGCCUUUGAUGCCUGCAUGGCACAGAUGUUCUUCAUUCAUUUCUUCUCCUUCAUGGAGUCUGGGAUCUUACUGGCCAUGAGCUUUGAUCGUUAUGUGGCUAUCUGCAACCCACUGAGGUAUUCUACCAUUCUCACUGAUGCUCAAGUUACACAAAUGAGUCUGUUCAUUAGUAUCCGCUGUUUCUGUGUGGAUUUUCCAUUGCCCUUCCUUCUGAAACAUCUGCCCUUUUGCAAAGCCAACAUUUUGUCCCAUGCAUACCGCCUAUACCCUGACCUGAUCCAUCUACCCUGUGGGGACAUCACUAUCAAUAGCAUCUUUGGCCUGUGUGUUAUCAUCUGUACCUUUGUCCUGGAUUCUGUACUCAUCCUCCUCUCUUACAUUCUCAUCCUCCACUCUGUGCUGGCUAUUGGCUCCCAAGAAGAGAAGCUUAAAGCUCUCAACACUUGUGUGUCUCAUAUAUGUGCAGUACUAAUCUUCUAUGUGCCCAUGUUGGGUUUAUCCAUGGAUCACCGCUAUGGAAAAUAUGCACCAACAUACGUGUACAUAUUAAUGUCACUUAUCUACCUCUUUGUCCCUCCCAUGCUCAAUCCUGUCAUCUAUUCUAUCAAGACAAAGGAAAUUCAUAGGAGGCUCAUCAGGUUAUUCUCUGGGACUAAACUCUGA